CCGUUCCGCAAGCCUUUCCCAAACUAGCCAAAAUGCCUCGUGGACCAAAAAAGCAUCUCAAGCGGCUCCAUGCCCCAAAACAUUGGAUGUUGGACAAACUCAGUGGCUCUUUCGCACCACGCCCAUCUGCAGGACCCCACAAAUUGCGAGAAUGUCUUCCAUUGAUUAUUUUCUUGAGGAACAGAUUGAAGUAUGCCCUCAACGGUGUUGAAGUGAAGAAAAUUUUGAAGCAGCGACUCAUUAAAGUUGAUGGCAAAGUCAGAACUGAUGUCACUUAUCCUGCUGGUUUCAUGGAUGUUGUCACCAUUGAAAAGACAGGAGAAUGCUUUAGGCUUCUGUAUGAUGUGAAGGGUAGAUUCAUCUGCCACCCAAUUACACCAGAGGAGGCAACCUACAAACUUGCAAAGGUAAGAAAAGUUGCAGUUGGACAGCACUCAAUCCCAUACUGUGUCACCCAUGAUGCAAGAACCAUCCGUUAUCCAGACCCAGCCAUUAAGGCCAAUGACUCUGUUGUUAUUGACCUGAAAACUGGUAAGAUCACAGACUCCAUCAAGUUUGACACAGGAAACACUGUUAUGGUUAUUGGUGGACGUAACACAGGAAGAAUUGGCACCAUCACUCACAGAGAAAGGCAUGCAAGCUCUCAUGAUAUUGUCCAUGUUAAAGAUGGAACUGGCCAUGCAUUUGCCACUCGUUUGUCAAAUAUUUUUGUCAUUGGUCGUGGCACAAAGGCAAUGAUUUCCCUACCACGUGGAAAAGGUAUCAGGCUCUCUAUUGCAGAAGAAAGAGAUCGUCGUUUAGCUGAGAAAGCUAAAAUGAGCUAAAGACAAUAAAAAAUGUAAUGUAAUUGUUACCAAAUGCAAGAAAGUGAAUUUGCAUAA